UUUCUUUGCUAAGGCGUCUGGUGUUUUAUAAUGCCUGAGCCGGCAAAAUCCGCUCCUGCGCCCAAGAAGGGCUCGAAAAAGGCUGUCACCAAAGCCCAGAAAAAGGACGGCAAGAAGCGCAAGCGCAGCCGCAAGGAGAGUUACUCCAUCUACGUGUACAAGGUCCUCAAGCAGGUGCACCCGGACACCGGCAUCUCCUCCAAGGCCAUGGGCAUUAUGAACUCCUUCGUCAACGACAUCUUCGAGCGCAUCGCCGGCGAGGCCUCCCGCCUGGCGCAUUACAACAAGCGCUCCACCAUCACGUCGCGGGAGAUCCAGACGGCCGUGCGCCUGCUGCUGCCCGGCGAGCUGGCCAAGCACGCCGUGUCCGAGGGCACCAAGGCGGUCACCAAGUACACCAGCUCCAAGUGAGUCCCUGCCGGGACACGGCGCUCGCAUGAGUCGCCGGCCGCUUGACUCCAAAGGCUCUUUUCAGAGCCACCCACCUAAUCACCAGAAAAGAGCUUUGUUCACUUAUUUUCCCUCACUUGCUCUCACAAAGUAAGCUAUUUUACUUGUGAAAGAUCCUGGAAGAUGGUACAAGUAGCUUUUUAAGCCUACUUGAGAUCCUUGGCGCGUGACUGCCUUUGCUUUUAUCUGGGGCGCGUCUUAACCCUGUAACUGUGGGGCUUACUUUUCUUACAAGUCCUUUUCGAAUAAGAAUAUUGAAAAUCCGCUUCUCAACUUCCAUCCCCAGACUAUUAUGUCCUGGUGACUGUGGGGUGCACGUUUCAUCGGUGUUCUAAAACGAAACGAGUGGUUUCGGUCAUCCUCACUUCUAAGGAGGGCCCCAGAACAACUAAACCCAGGUCCUGAGAGCAUUGCGUCAGAGCCUUGAAGAAUUCUCCCAAGCGUUUGGCAGGGGCGGGCGUCCAGUCACCACUUCUGCCCUGCUGUGUGGCCUCCGGUGGAUACCAGCGGUCUGGGCACUGAGGGUGGAGCCUGCGCUGCCGGGUCUUAGCCUUUCCCUGAUUGGACGACAUGAAUAUUCAAAAUCGCGCGCCCUCGCCGGAAUUCGCAGAUUCUGGUUUCCGACACUUGCUUCGGGGCUUUGACAUCCCAAUUAUUUCUUGGUUUGUGGAUCGUUUUUGCAUUUAAUUCUCUAGUCUCGGAACGCCCCGGCCUUGCGUCACUGCAAGGCGCUGGUCAUUUAGGGCUGGGCUCAAAAAGUCACCUCUCAGAGACCUUUCCACGUCCCACUCAGGAAUUUGCGUCUCGUUCCUGCCUAUCAUCUGAUCUCAUUGUUUUCUCUUCCUCCUAGCAGCUGUCAGAAAUUGUCCGGUUCGUUUAUUUUCUUAUUUAUGGUCUUUCUCCUCAAGCCCUUAACAGAGACUUGUUGGUCUGGUUUUCUGCUAAAUUAUCAGCGACAGUCUGCCUGGCACAUGGUGGACACUUAAAUUCUUAAUUAAAAUUUGUCAAAUUAAUUUUCCCACCCCAAUCCUUUCUUAAUCGCUUCCGUGGAUGAUGUGUGCCGUUCAUUUGCAUUCGAUAAAUGUGAAGACGAAAACAGAAAUGUUUUUGGAGCUCUUUGGCAAGUCAGUCCAGGGUCCCUUCAGGGCAUUAGCUCUGAGGAGGCCUAGGUUAAGAUUCUUUUUCUGCACCAAAAUGAUGUUUGUGGUGGUUUUCCCAUUAUGCUUCUGGUGGUAUAAUCUCUUUUGGAUUUUCAUUAAAUUCAGAGUAUUGGUCGCUGGAAAGAUCCUUUUCCCAUCUCCUUUUCUGACACCCACCAUCUCCAUCCUGAUACUCUGUUCCCCAUGGAAGAUGAGCUUUUAAUUUAUACUCAUCUUCUCACUUAUCAGGAAGCCCUGAAAAGAUAGUCCCUGCAAGACAGUCAAGACCAAAUAACCCCUUUUACAAAGGAGGUUGAGAAAAGCAAAGGAAUUGGUUCACUGGUCAUGCAGUUAACAUUGUUCACCUUUGUAUCCUUAAAUGCGCAGACAAUUGCAUUUUAGUUUUAUUUCGUGUAAUUACAGAAUGUUCACUCCUUCUGUCCAAGCCUUGAUUUUUGCUGAUGAAGACACUGAUGGUCUGAUCAGUUAUUCAACUCUACUUUUGGCUAAGGGGUCCUUGAGUUGAUCCUAAGGGUUUCACGAAUCCAAGUGGACUCCAAACAUUAUCGUAAACUGAAUUAAUCUUAUGUUUCCUACAUGUGUUUUCAAAUGUGUGUAGAUGCUGUUGUUAUUAAUAAAAUUACCCAUUAAU